AUGAUGUCGAUGAUCGCCUGCAACGGCUGGCUUGACGUCUUGCUAUAUGCGACUACAAGGGCGGACAUUGUGUUGACGCCAUACCCGCCGUCAGAUGAUAUUGGGUUGGAGACAUUCGCAUUCAUGGGAAAGGGGCACACCUUUGGGUCGGCCCUACCAGGGUCGUGGCAGGGCCCAGAGGCGCCAGUAGGCUGGGUGGCGGUCAGUGGAGUCAGGGCGGAGACAGCGUGGAGAGCCUAUAUGGACUGGAUAAGAUCAAGGUUAAGGGAGACGUCACAGUUAGUGUGGAUGAUGGGGAAGAUGAGGCACAGGUCUGCAGAACAUAGUACGGCAGAGACGGAGAACAGCUGGGAUCGGACGAGCAGGAAAAGCUCGCAGACUCGAAGAUAG